UGAGUUCAUUUACCCUCAGAUCACUGAGGGUUAACCGUUCCAAAACACGCAAAUAUAUCUGGAGACCGCAAAGCCAACAUGACCAGUGGGUGCUGUGUAUUUGUCCUAUUUUCCCUCCUCCAUGCCUCGCUGAGUGUGGUAAUGACAGGGUUAUAUGGCAGCUUCACCUCCCCUAACUUCCCCCAGCCAUACCCUGACAACCAGCUUGUAGUGUGGAACAUCACUGUCCCAGAUGGCCACAGGGUCAAACUCUACUUCAGCCACUUCAGCAUGGAACCCUCAAACCAGUGUGAAUAUGACUACAUCCAGGUUUUGACAGAGGGGAAUGAAACCUUGCGGUUCUGUGGUGAGGAAGAGAAGAACUAUGAAAGCACCCCAAGGAACACCGUGAUCCUUUCAGCCGGAAACAUCAUGUCAGUGGUCUUUAGGAGUGACUACUCUAAUGAGGGCCGAUUCACGGGCUUCCAAGCAUUUUACACCUCAGAAGACAUCAACGAGUGUCUGUCCAAGAUAGAUGGGGAAAGAGUGUGUGAUCAUUUUUGCCACAAUUACAUUGGUGGCUAUUACUGCACGUGCAGACAAGGGUACCUUCUCCAUGACAACAAAAGAUCCUGCACAGUGCCAUGCCACAGCCAAGUGUUGACCUCACUCUCAGGGGUUCUGACCAGUCCGGGUUACCCGGGCCCCUACCCUUCAAUGAGUCAAUGUGACCACACCAUCCGUCUGCCAGAGGGCUACAGAAUAAUAUUGGACUUCCUGGAACCCUUUGACGUAGAGGGGCACUUGGAUGUCCCUUGUCCGUACGAUAUGUUGAAGAUUUCAACAGCUGGACAAGAGUAUGGACCCUUCUGUGGAUCAAUACCACCGGGUCGCGUUGACACAGGAAGUUACCAAGUACAUGUUGCGUUCAGAUCCGACACUAGUGGGAAAAACAAGGGAUGGAAGAUCAAUUAUACCAGUGUCAAGGUUAAAUCCUGAUGUUUAUUGACAUAAACAAUUUAUGUGUUUGUACGCUAUCUGAAACUUCGGCACAGUGACUUGAUGGCAACAUAACACAACCAUUAUGUUUGUGAUGAAGCUUGGAUGUUGUGUUUGUGCAUGAUGCAAGCAGAAGCCUUAUCCUUAUGAUCCUUUAUUUGACAUUGUGACAAUGGUGCUACAAAAACGUCAAGCAAUUUCACUGAUAGCAUCUAAUUUGUAAUCUAAUUGUCAUUGUUUUAUGUAUUCUUUUGGGUGAGAUGAUGCCAUAAUCUCAAUAGCACAAUCCUCUUUUGACCACUUUUGCAUGGGAAAUUUUUAUCUUUUUGUUACUUGAUGUGCAAAUUAAGGAAGAAUCAAAAGACACUUUGACUUAUGAAUAUACUGUAUAUAUGUGUAUACAUUGGAUAAAAAAGUUCAUUAAAAUCCAUAACAUACAACCUGAAGCCACAAGUGAUCAGACAAGCAUAUUAAUAAAACAAGAGUGAGUAUUCCUCAUUCUUAGUAGUAAUGUGACAGAACGCAAACUGUUGUGCUCUUUUUCAGCUAAAGACAAAAACUGAUUUUAAUGCUCUUUCAGAAAUAACAAAUCAUUCCAUGGAGUAUUCUGGAAGUCAGUCACUGGGUCUGAGAAAGCGGUGCAUCUUAGUCGUUUAACCUUCAUGCAUUAUGCAGCUCUACCGCUCUAUCAAAACAGUCAUUAUAGGGUUCUUCAGUCCCAUGAAAUAGCCUCUUAUUUGACAAUUUUGCAUUUCACUCGCUAAUAUUUCCAUCUGUGGACCACAAGUAGGGCAAAGCAGCACGCCUGAAUGUGAGAAAGAAAUGCACUUGUGAUGAUUCAUGUUUCUGCUACUGCAGUGUUUGAUUUUUUUUUUUAAACCUCAUUGUGCUAACUUUAAUUGAACUGUUAUGCAGCAACGUACUUUUUACUUUGAAGGCCACGGCAACUCGGCAAGGCAAAGUAUGUACUGACCCAUGCAUCACCUUAACAUUUGCAGCUCAACCGAAUAACAAGGCCUUAGGUGGAGAUGUGUUCUCUGAAAGUCAUCUGAACACAUGGGAUAAGGUUUGUUUUUUCAGCAUGAAAUGGCCAGAGAGUCCUUUAGGGAACCUGGGUACUGACAGAGCAAACCUGCUCUUCUUACUUGAGCACUGUUUACUCAUAAUCUAAUCCACCAAGACAGUGUGAUAUAUGUGCAACCGAUUGCUCCCAUACCCCUCGAUUCAAACUGUUCAUUCAGCCUGGUCAGAGCCAUUUCCACAGGAAUUACGCACACCAUGAAACCCAUUAACCCACAGUUGGAAAAAUCUAGCAGCAGCAUGCAGCCAGUAGGCUUGUAGCCAACAUGCCCAUCACUGUUUUGUUGACAACCUAGUAGUCAAGUUAACUUUUCAGGGGUCACUUCUUAUUCUUUCUUUCCUUUUUAAAAACCAUAUUCAUUACUAAAUCACUUUAGUUGUUUGUAAUAAUCAGUUUAAGUAUAAAGUGCACUGAUUUAUAAGUUUCUGUAUGGGAGACGCGGGGUCAUUUGAACUGUUUUGCGCUGAAGCCAUGUAAAGACUUUUGAGAAAAGAAACAUGUUCUGAACGGUUUCUAUCCAUGUUAAAGUAUGUUUUAAGAAAGUUUUGUUACUGUUUUUGGUGUGCAUUUAUGUUAUCUGGGUUUUAGUUUUGUAUGGCUGAUUUAGUGUUCAUGUCUGUAUGCAUUUGUUAUUGCAGCAUGACUUAGACCCGGAUGGGGACUGAUCGGGUCUGUGCAGUGGGGUAAAGCAUAAGUCAGAUCCAUGAAGUGGGCUUUGGAAAUUACAGUCUGUACAUUGUCAGCCUGUCUCUCUUACUGGAGCCAAUGUGUUGAAAAGGUUGUUCUUAAAACUAUUCUGAUAUAAAGGAAUAAACACGUUCAUAAAAAUGAUUACUUUCUAUAGUUCUGAUAAGUAGAACUGUGAUGUUUCAGAUUUUUCCUUUUCAACAAAAGCAAAUUAGGUUUACGAAUGAUUUUUAGUAAUGACUACUAAUAUAAACUUGAUUUGUCUGCUGCAU